CUGUGGGGACCGGAUCCGCGGGCACCGGCCGGGGGGCGCGCGGCCCGCCCCCGUCACUUGGUUCCGCCCAGCCUGGCCGAAGCGCCGCGCCGUGCCGUGCCGUGCCGCGCCGCGCCGUGCCCAUUAUCCCUGCUGCUGCUGCUGAGGAGGGAGCAGGAGGAUGCUGGCCGCCCCUCCAUGAAGCCUGAGCCAGUGUCCGGCCGCCGGACCGCUGCCCUGCACUACGGAUGCUCAGAACCCUGCUCGCCAUGGACGUGCUUUAUCUGGUGUGGAUGCUGCCCUCGGUGCUGGCGGUGGAAGCAUGAGCUGAGGCAGGAGCUGGCGGAGUGUACAGACUCCAAAAGAAGGAAACUGGAGGCAGGACUGCAGGAGAAUGCCCUGCUCAGUCUUGAAGUACUAAUGGACUCAACAACAGCAACGGCUGAGCUAGGCUGGACCAUCUACCCAUCACAGGGGUGGGAAGAAGUCAGUGGAUAUGAUGAAAAGAUGAACACCAUUCGAACAUACCAGGUAUGCAAUGUCUUUGACAACAGCCAAAACAACUGGAUACGCACCAAGUACAUCCGCCGGCGUGGCGCCCAGCGCAUCCACGUCCAGAUGAAGUUUUCAGUGCGCGACUGCAGCUCCAUACCCAACGUCCCCGGCUCCUGCAAGGAGACCUUCAACCUCUACUACUAUGAGUCGGACUCUGACGGGGCCACGAAGUCGUCCCCGGCCUGGAUGGAGAACCCCUGGGUGAAGGUGGACACCAUCGCGGCCGAUGAAAGCUUCUCUCAGGUGGACCUGGGUGGCCGAAUAAUGAAGAUCAACAGUGAAGUCCGAAGCUUUGGGCCCGUCUCACGGAACGGCUUCUACCUGGCCUUCCAGGAUUACGGAGCCUGCAUGUCUCUCAUUGCGGUGCGAGUCUUCUACAGGAAAUGCCCGCGCGUGGUCCAGAACGGCGCGGUCUUUCCUGAGACCCUGUCUGGGGCAGAGAGCACCUCUCUGGUGGCAGCCAGGGGCAUGUGUGUUCCCAACGGGGAGGAGGUGGACGUGCCCAUCAAGCUGUACUGUAAUGGCGACGGGGAGUGGAUGGUCCCCAUCGGGCGCUGCAUGUGCAAAGCCGGCUUCGAGGCGCUGGAGAAUGGCACCGUGUGCAGAGCGUGUAUGUCCGGGUUCUUCAAGGCUGCGCAAGGAGAGCACAAAUGUCUGCAGUGCCCCAUGAACAGCCGAACCAUCAGCGAGGGAGCCACUAACUGUGUGUGUCGCAGCGGCUACUACCGCACCGACGCCGACCCUCCACAGAUGCCCUGCACCACCGUUCCAUCAGCCCCACAAAACGUCAUCUCGAUUGUCAAUGAGACUUCCCUGAGGCUGGAGUGGAGCCCGCCAAAGGAGGGUGGGGGUCGGGAGGACGUGGUCUACAACAUCAUAUGUAAGAGCUGCGGCAGUGGGCGCGGCAGCUGCACGCGCUGUGGGGACAACGUCCAGUUUGAGCCCCGCCAGCUGGGACUGACCGACACCCGGGUCCACAUCAGCGACCUGCUGGCCCACACCCUCUACACCUUUGAGAUACAGGCCGUGAACGGAGUGUCGGACCAGAGUCCGUAUUCCCCCCAGUACACGUCUGUCAACAUCACCACCAACCAGGCCGCACCAUCAGCAGUGUCAAUCAUCCACCAGGUUAGCAGGAGUCCUAACAGCAUCACUCUGUCCUGGUCUCAGCCUGAUCAGCCCAACGGGGUCAUUCUGGACUACGAGCUGCAGUUCUAUGAGAAGAACCAAGCGGAGUGGAAUGCGUCUCUGACCCGGAGUCAGACUAACACCGCGGUAGUGCGGGGCCUGAUGCCUGGGACUAUCUACGUCUUUCAGGUUCGGGCUCGGACCGUUGCUGGCUUUGGACGCUUCAGUGGCAAAAUGUACUUCCAAACCAUGACUGAUGAAGAAUAUAACUCCAGCAUACAGGAGAAGCUCCCGCUGAUCAUUGGUUCAUCUGCUGCAGGAGUGGUCUUUAUCAUCGCCAUCACCGUCGUCAUAAUCGUUUGUCGCAGCAGGAGAAGUUCAGACAGACCAGAAUCAGAGUACACCGACAAACUCCAACAUUACACCAGUGGUCACAUGUCACCAGGAAUGAAGAUCUACAUCGAUCCCUUCACCUAUGAAGAUCCAAAUGAGGCUGUCAGAGAGUUUGCCAAAGAAAUUGACAUUUCCUGUGUUAAAAUAGAGCAAGUGAUUGGUGCAGGUGAGUUUGGGGAGGUAUGCAGUGGAAACCUCAGGCAGCCUGGAAAGAGAGAGAUCCUGGUGGCCAUUAAGACACUGAAGGCAGGCUACACUGAGCGCCAGAGGAGGGACUUCCUGAGUGAAGCAUCCAUCAUGGGCCAGUUCGACCACCCCAACAUCAUCCAUCUGGAGGGAGUGGUGACCAAGAGCAGCCCUGUGAUGAUCAUUACAGAGUUCAUGGAGAAUGGCUCCCUUGACUCCUUCCUCAGGCAAAAUGAUGGGCAGUUCACCGUGAUCCAGCUGGUGGGAAUGCUGCGUGGCAUCGCAGCAGGAAUGAAAUACCUCUGUGACAUGAACUAUGUCCAUCGAGACCUGGCAGCAAGGAACAUUCUGGUCAACAGCAACCUGGUGUGCAAAGUGUCCGACUUCGGCCUGUCCCGCUUCCUCGAGGAUGACACUUCAGACCCCACCUACACAAGUGCACUGGGAGGAAAGAUUCCCAUCCGGUGGACAGCUCCAGAAGCCAUUCAGUAUAGGAAGUUUACCUCAUCCAGUGACUGCUGGAGCUAUGGCAUAGUCAUGUGGGAGGUUAUGUCAUAUGGAGAAAGGCCCUACUGGGACAUGAGUAAUCAAGACGUGAUCAAUGCCAUAGAACAGGACUACAGGUUGCCCCCGCCCAUGGACUGUCCCAGUGCGCUGCAUCAGCUGAUGCUGGACUGCUGGCAGAAAGACCGAAACAAUCGGCCCAAGUUCAGCCAAACCGUCAGCACCCUGGAUAAGAUGAUUCGCAACCCCAACAGCCUGAAAGCCAUGACCCCCCAGUCCUCCAGGUACGGCCGGCAGGCUGCCCUGACCCACAGCCCUCACGAGUCAGAGCCCUCAUUUGUCUUCUUUCUGUCCUCCAGCGUUCACUUACCUCUUCUAGAUCGCAGCACUCCAGACUUCUCCUCCUUCAGCACGGUGGAUGACUGGCUGGAAGCCAUUAAGAUGGGGCAGUACAAGGAGAACUUCACCAGCGAAGGCUUCACCAGCUUCGACGUGGUGUCUCAGAUGAGCAUGGAGUACGAUAAGUCCCUUUAUUUCCUUGUUGUCAACCAGAUAAAUCCCACGAGAAGGGGAUAUCGCCCGGGUGGGGGUGACACUGGCUGGCCACCAAAAGAAGAUCCUGAACAGCAUCCAGUCCAUGAGGGCACAGAUGAACCAGAUCACCUCAGUGGAGGUGUGAUCUCAGAGACGGGCUCCACUCUCAGUAGGAGAACCCAGGAGCCACCCACCCUGCUUUCUCCUGAGCUUCUGAGGAAGGCUGAUGACUGCCUCACAGACUGAGACUUCAAUCCAACCUCAGGUCCACCCUCCCACCAGACUCUCCCCAGAGGGCUCCAGUAGUGGGCAGCGCGCCUGUCGCUGCUGCUGCAUGUUCAGGAAGCAGCCGUGCUUUGGGGUUGAUGUCCUCCUAAUCCUGUCGUAGGAUUCCUCCCUGUGUGUCUCCUAAAUGUGGCAUGACCACCAGCACCUGAUUACGUCACUCCCAGAGUUGGCCUUGCGACAAAUUGUUAUAAAAGAGCCUAAUAUGUGUCGAUUGAGUUUUGUGAAUUAGACGUGCAUGGUCCCCCAUGCAAAGCAGCACAGUCCAGCGUAAUUAGCCCCGCCGAGCACACCGAUUCCCAAACGCCAGCUGGCCACCUCGGCCUUUCAGUCCGAGGAUUCUGGGGCCGUGCCACACGGUGCUUCUGCUGUCCUCAUGCUGGAGAAGGAAGAACACAGGAUGAGGGCAGGAGCCCGGCGGUCUGAUAUUCUCCACUUCAGAGCUAAACGGGUGUUUUCUCUGAAAGUCUUACACGCUCUUCCUGUCCGAUGAUUUUGUUAGAAAGGAGCUCUUGCUGUAUUUAUCCCCGAGGCCCAAGAUACCGGACACAUCCAUAGACCUUCAGAGCAUUGGGAUAUCUGACUCCAGUUAGCCCCCAGAGGUAUUCAUGAAGUCAGCUUUUGAAAGCAUCGUUUAGGCUUUUGGAGGCACCUUGUCCCUUCCAGAGGAACCCCUGUGAGAGCCCGUGUCUUCAUGGUGAAUACGAUGUGAGAAGACUGUUGUCCUUGAUGGAGAGAAGUGCUGACUCUUACAGGAGCUCCCCUCGAAUAGCAGAGUAGCUUCCAAAACCCCGAACGACGUCUCACAUUCAGCCAAGACAUGUCUAAGGGUCUCGUUCCAAUGACAGGAGCUUUUUUUCCACUUACAAGAAAAGACAGCGGACGAGAGCGUUUUUCACACAAACGUUGGCUUUAGGAUUUUUGGGCACACCUUUGACUGCACAUUUAAACAAACUUUGCACAUAAUUUAUUCCAUAUUAUUUUUCCACGAAAACAUGAUGCAUCAAUAUUUGGGCGCAUCAGAACUAAUUUGGUUUUCUGUAUUUUUCAUGCGGAUAAAAAUUAUUUUUGGCCAAAUACGGCCAUGCACUUCCUUUAAUGAGAAGUAUUUAGCUACGAAAACAUCUCAUCAGGUCAGAUGGGGACCAGCAUGGUAAGCACAGGUCUAAUUUCCUCUCCGACCACCUGAAUUCUAAAAUAAUUAUUGCUCAGUGACUAUAUUACCAAGCUUUAAAACAGUGUGUUUACUUCAGAGCAUUAAGUCAAAUCCUAAACGGAACAAAUCCGUAUCAGUCUUAUUGAUCCGUGGCCUGAUCAUGAUGUUCCAAGAGUCCUAAAACCCCCCUGAACCAGCCCCAUGAUUUAGGUGAAAUUCUCCAUGUUGGAUGCCACCAUCAGCUCAGCCUGGACUGUCCCCCGUCUCUGCUUCCACCUUUUGCUUCAUCUGGACGCGCCUUAGUUUCUGACCAUCAGAGCGGGAGUCCACGCUCUUUGCUUCCUGCCGCCACACGCUGGGCCCUCUGUCUCCACCUGACUGACCGUCCCCGUACCCCCCCCCCACCAGCACCGACAUGCAGUGUGGUUUGAGGAGGCACAGGACCAGAGAGCCCUUUCUGAAACUGUGAAUUUUUUUAAAUGUUAUGCACCUACAUGCACACUUUAUAUUGACAGAAGUGAAUCCUUCCCCUGGGGUCAUGUGAUGCCUGAGUGGUUCUCUCUGUCCUCAGGACAUGUGGCAUGGUGAAUCUCUUCCUCCCUCUGUGUGAGCACUAACGCCCUUAACCGUUCACUGUUGCUGUUCCCGAGGACCCGGUCCUGUUUGUAAAUGUUUUGAGACCUCGCAGACUUAGCAUCAAACUCCUUUUAUGACCACACUCAGCAGCACACCCCAGUCUUUCCUCUCAGCCGACCAUUUAAAAAAGACUUUUUGAGAACAACCAAAAAAAAAAAAAAAGGAUGCGGACAU